AUGCGCUGCACGGCGCAUCGUCCGGGCGGAGGGGGCCGUGAUGGUUUCGUGCCCCUUGAGAUGGAGGAAAAUGGUUCGCGUGUGAGCGACGAGACCAUGGGUGAGGAUGAGGUCGAGUGCCUCGCGGAAGCGAACUUGCAAGGGACGGCGUACGCACCAUCCCCAUCGACGAAGGCGCGUUGGUAUAGUCGCGCACGCGAUCUCUCAAUGGCUCGAAGGAGGGGUGAUGGCACGCACCUGACGAGUCCCCCAGUGAGUUCAGUCAAUCCGACGCUCUGUCUACGGGUCCUCUUAGUUGACGAUCGAGUAUACCUCGUCAUAUCUUCCUCUAUCGCAACAGAAGCGGGUGGAUCGUCAAGCCAUGGGCCACCGGGCCUUUGAUGCGCCGUCAAGAGGAGCUCAAGUCGCGUUCGUCACGUUGGUGCUCGGGCUCAUGCUCGCACUCGCGGUGCAAACGGCCAGACUGUGGUCAGCCACAGCGAAGCAUGCCGAUACGAGCCAGUUCGCCGACAUCUCUGAAUUGUCUGGACCUAUACAGGACAUGUACCAAGCGUCGAUGGUGGUGCGCCCCCCUCCGGCUCCCUUCGACAAAUCGAGCAUCGUAGUGGAGGAACCUUCGCAUUCACACGAGCCGGUAUGGCGACUUUCAGACGACGCCAGUCGCCUUCCAAAAUGCGGACAGUUCAUCCUCAUGCCCUUCUUUGUUUCGGGGUGGGGUUCGAACGUGGGCCUUCUGGUACGUCGGUCUCAUGUCAAUAGCCAGUUGGACAAAUCGCGUGAGGCGAUCGAGCCAGUGUACUGACACCCGAGCUUUGCUCUUAUUUGUCCUUGCAGCUUCGAGCGGCGAUGUAUGCUCAGAAGCUCGGUAUCGUACUGUUGGUCGACAAUAAUAAUUGGUGAGAACCCUGUCGACGGUUUGACGAGGAAUCCCACGGGACCCCUGUUUUGCUGACCCAACGGAGCCGCUGCUCCUUUGAAGGCCGUACGGGCGCUUGGAGUACUAUUUUGAGCCCUAUACGAUCGAUUGCGUUCCCCCAUCGGACUGGUACGACGAAAGUCAGACCACUAGACUACGGGCAAAAGGAUGGAGAAAAGCGGCUCGCAUCAGAGUUAGCCGGAAGGACACACGGCACAUGGACGCCAUGGACCAAGAGCUCUUCUUCGACCGCGAGAAGGACGGAUUGCAGCACGUGCAACGCUUGAUGCUCGGUCGCAACCCAAAGCCGAGCGUAUUACCGGCUUCUGAGACUCUUCCAGCACCGUUGAUCCCGGCCUUUAGAGAGUACGCCCAGCUGCUUCACACCAUGUUCAAGCCCGUGCCGGAGAUUCUCGAGGAUGUGGAAAGGGUCAAGACGCUGAUGGGUAUCGGGGGUAAACGGCCGACGAUUGCGGUGCAAGUUCGACUAGGCGACAAAGUUCGCGAAUAUAAGUCGAGUACGCGUUUCAUCAAGAACACGUUGUGAGUCGCUCGCCGAAUGGCCCUUUUCUGUCCGCAGCCAAGGGUCGCCGAUCGCUUACCCCCGACGUGGCCACUCCUCUCGCAGCGGGAACUUGACCGCGCAUCUGGAGGUCAUGCACGCCCUCUACGACCGCUUGAUCGGGUGUCUAUCCGUCCAAAUAGAAACCUGCUACCCCCUUUCCCCGACCGCUCGUCGUUUCUCGAUCGACAACACGCGACCACGUGCCAUCCUCCUCACAAUAGAGGACGACGCCUUAGGCAACAUCGCGCGAAAUCCGAUCGCACCCCCUUUCGAAUUCGAUCGGACACCGGGGAUAAAUGUUUCUCCCAACUCGUCGUUCCUUCAGUCGUCGUUCGAUGAGUUGCCCUUGAAGGCUCGGGUGGCCAGUGCGCGAGCGCUCGUUCGGGACAUUAUUAUCGCGGCGAGAGAGACGGACGCCACGGUACUGACGAUGGGGAGCAACCUCGGUCGAUUGAUCUCGCUGUGAGUGUGCUAGCGCACUCUCAUGGGCGAAAGUGAGUUUGUUGCGUAGUGCUGGAACGCUCAACUUAGCGUCUUGUACCACAGAUUUGCUGGCCCCGAGGCGGUGUUGGGUCCCAAGAACUCUACAUCUGGCGACUUUGUAGGAGGUCGGAUGUCAGUUGAUCGGCGCCUAUUCGCUGCUCGUCUGUACUCAUCAUAUUUCGUUCCGUUUCACAGUCGAGCACUAGACAUCCCUUGGUUCGCUUCAACGAACCCGCACGGGGUCUGGUCUCGCCUGCCUCCGAAGUAA